GGAAGCGGAAGCGCGGCCGGGCCGGAGCCGGUGGCGGCGGCGGGCAGAUGGCGGAGUGCGGGCCGCAGCCCCCGGGGGGUGGCAGCGGGGCUGCGGGGGCGCCGAGCCGGCAUGAGAAGAGCCUGGGGCUGCUGACUACCAAGUUCGUGUCGCUGCUGCAGGAGGCCAAGGACGGCGUGCUCGACCUCAAGCUGGCUGCAGACACCUUGGCUGUGCGGCAGAAGCGGCGGAUCUACGACAUCACCAACGUGCUGGAGGGCAUUGGCCUGAUCGAGAAGAAGUCCAAGAACAGCAUCCAGUGGAAAGGGGUGGGUCCUGGCUGCAACACCCGAGAAAUAGCUCACAAACUGAUCGAGCUGAAGGCAGACAUAGAGGACCUGGAGCAGCGAGAGCAGGAGCUGGAGCAGCAGAAGAUGUGGGUGCAGCAGAGCAUCCGCAACGUCACCGAGGACGUGCAGAACAGCAGCUUAGCAUAUGUGACACACGAAGACAUCUGCAAGUGCUUCACAGGAGACACCCUCCUUGCCAUCCGAGCUCCCUUGGGCACACGCUUGGAGGUUCCCAUCCCUGAGGGCCUGAAUGGGCAGAAGAAAUACCAGAUCCACCUGAAGAGCACCACUGGCCCCAUCGACGUUCUCUUAGUAAACAAAGACGCUUGGAGCUCCCCUCCUGUGGUGCUCCCUGUCCCUCCCCCUGAGGACCUCAUCCAGUGCCAAGCUGUCACACCCUCGAAGCCACAGAUCCAGAUCCCAGCACCCACCCAGCUGCAGGAGGCUUCAGUUCCCAGCAGCACCCAGCCCUCCACACCCACACCCAGCAGCACGCAGGACCGCAGCUCCCCCGAGCAGAACGCCACCAGCACAGGGGGCAGUGUCCCAGCAGCAGAGCCCAGGAGCAGUGAGCUGGAGCCCCUGGGCAGCGUGGCAGCGGCCGGCUUGGACACUCAGGCACUGCAGUCCUCUGCCUCCCUGGACAGCAGCUCCAUCCUGCCCAGCCCUUCCACCUCCUUUGAGCCCAUCAAGCCAGACCCCACUGGAAUACUGGAGCUGCCCAAGGAGCUGUCAGAGAUGUUUGAUCCAACCAGAGAGUGUAUGAACUCUGAGCUGCUGGAGGAGCUGAUGUCCUCUGAAGUGUUUGCUCCCUUGCUGCGCCUGUCCCCUCCACCUGGUGACCACGACUACAUCUACAACCUGGACGAGAGCGAAGGUGUCUGUGACCUCUUUGACGUGCCUGUCCUCAACCUCUGAGCCGCCCGCAGCCCGGCGGGCACAGGCCCUGCUGGGACUCUGCCAAGUGUCUGGGUUUGGAUUCCUGUGCUGGAGCUGGAUGGGUGAGCCACCCUGAGAUGCUCUCCUGUGGACUCAGAGCCAAGAGAGGUGGACCUGCAGAUUGGGAGCCACCCCAUAGCUUCUUCCUCUUCCUCUGCUGCCCGUGCAGGGCACACCUCAGCCCCCAUCUCCCUCUCCACUGCCCCCUGGGCCUGCCUUCGUGGGGGCUGCCUUUGAGUCUGCCCAGUUAACCCGUAGAGUGCCCACAUGCCUCUGAGCUUCCUCACUGCUGCCUGCCUUGCACUCCCACAGGCACUUUGCACCUCCUAGGUGCCAGCUGCUGCCAGGAGCCCUGCAGCUGUGGUCAGUUCCCAAUCUCAGAAGUGGUUCAGUGGAUCUGUGAGCAGGGCAGGCUGGGGGGGGGUUGUGUUGCUGAGUGACAGCAAGGAGGAUGCAGUGGCACUCAGUGGGCAUUUCUUCAGUGGCUGCAGGCCAAGCCAGGAUGUUUGCCAAGGAGAAGCACUUUUUGGAGCCAGUUGUGCCUCCUGGUGGGAUUCAGGAGCUGAGUUGCUAGCAGGACCCAGGCAUACUGGUUGUGCUGAUGCAGGAGCAUGGGAGCUGCAGGAGCAUGGGAGCUGCAGCUCCAGGCACAGCAGCUGUGCUGGCUUUGACAGGACUAAAGAGGUGCCAGUGUGGCAUUUAAGCUGUUACUUGGUUUAACCUGGGUGAGGAGAUGCAUGGAAGGAUGAGACUGCUCCAGCUGGUGCCUCCAAGGUACUCCAGGUACACCAGAGCCUGCUCAUAGCUGCAAGUAGCUGUCUCCAGCUAUUGCAGCUGAGCCUUCAGUGGUCUGGAGGCGACCCAGCAGUAACCAUCUGGCAGUGCUCCACCCCUAGGUGUUGUCAAAGGAGUGCUUUGUGCCCUCCUCUGUUUCUCUCUGGGCUCAGGAUCAGGUUUUCUGUAUAUUUGAAUUGCUCCUCCAGUGCCCAUCGCCACGCUUCCAAUUCCUGAUCCUGCAGCAGGUCACUUCCUAGUGUGCAGCUUUCUCUGCAUCAUUCUCCUGCCACAUGCUCUCUGUUGCUUUCUUCUUGCCUUCUGUGGUGGAAGUUGUGCUUUUGGCUUCCUUGGGGUGAUCAGAUGGUACCAGCCCUGGAUCCUAGAGUGAAACACCACACUGGUGCUGUGCUUCCUGCUCAGAUGCCGUUUGGUUGUCUUCAGUUCUGCACAUCUUCUGGUGCUAGCAGCUGUCUUGCCUUUCCUGCUCCACCAGCUGCCGGGGAGGGGGGUGGGCACUGCAGGGAGGUGGCUUUCAGCUGUCCUGGUGACUUGCUGGUGCAUCAUCUCACUGUCUGUGAGCCACAGGAGCAGCUGCAGCACCAGCAGCUGGGGCUGUAAAGCCACCCAUUCCUGGAGCCACAGAAGUGAGCAGAGUUAUGUCCUGGGGACCUGCAUCCCCGAAGUGGCUCCUCAGGCCCUCCUGGUCUGUGUGGGACUCCUCCAGAAGAGCUGCUCCUCUCUGCAGCUCCAAGCACAGGUAUCCUCUCAGGAGAAGUGUGAAGAAUUUCAGAGGAACGUUGGGAUGCUCUCUAGUGUGACAGCUGCUGCCCAUGGACUGGUGCACACCCAGCCUGCAUGCAGCCUGUCCCCAAACUCUCCCCUCUUGGCAUGGACGCUGGCCGGAACCCCUCAGUCCCGUGUCUGUUAGCUGCCUCCAUGGCUGGCUGUGUUCUGCCUGGCCCUCACCCUCCUCCCACCUGCCCCCACUUAGGCCACCUUCAGAAAAAGGUUAGAGAAGAAUUUACGUCGCAGAUGAACUUUGGGUUCCUAUAUAAAGAUUAUUUUUAUACUUUU